UUAAUUAUUUAUAUGAUUUAUUUUACACCUAGGACUAUAUUUUAUGUUAUCUCUUAUUUUCACUAACACCGGUAAUCUAGUCAAGCAGACCUUGUUUAUCACGUGAUUACGCACCUAUUGAAAUUUAACAGGUGAGUCCCAAAUCAGUCGGCACAUGAUCAUUGAGAGUAGCACACGUUUGUGCAGUUGGGUUUGUGGUUUAGAUAGCAAUUUGGACAUUAUAAUUGUCAGGACAGGACAUGGAUGUCCAAAGGCUAAUUGAAACAACACUCAGGGGUUUUUAGGCCCGGUUUUAGUGUGCGUUGGCACGUUGCUAAUUGUCGACUGGUCGGAGAUAAUGGUGUCGAUGAAUUAAUGGUGUCGGGGUUAAAAAUGGUAACAACUCGGUGAUAUAUUGGUUGGAGUUACAACGCAUGGAGGCGGUGAUAAAUUUAUAGUCCGUUUCUAUUUAUUUGGAGCAAAAAGUCCGUAAAAUUAUAUACAUUUUUAGUUGAGAAAUCGAGGAGUCCGUGCAGUAUUUAUGCAGUUUAAAGCAGUUAUAGUUUGUUAUUCAGCAUUAUAUUUAUUCAUACAAAUUUAGUGUUCUCUUCAAUCAAUUUAGAAGCAACCAAAUAUAUGUGAAAAUUAGUUAAUUCGUCCGUUUAAUUAUAAAGAGAAAUUCAAAGGGGAACAACCCAGUUCAUCAUUUACAUCUACAGUACGUACAACGAGGAACGUAUCCGGGCAGUGUGCGGAAAGUGUGCAGGCCGAAAUUUGUUUGAUUUAUGUUUAUUUCAUGACAUUUUGUUUUGUUCCGUGUGUGUUUAUUUAGUUACAUUUGUGUUCUCAUUUCAUAUUACAUUUUUUGUUGAAUUUACUUUAUUUUGUUUUGUUAAUUAAAUUUAUAUUUUAAUUUGGUUUUGUAUGACAUUGGCCACCUGACAAUUCCCAAAGAACUUACUUCGUUACAAUGGUGGCAGCGGUGGGAUUGUCACUGUGCCAAUUGUUAUAUUAGAAAAUAUUGUCAGAUAGACAACAGGGAUUUUUUUUCUGUUAUAUAUUUUGUUUGAACUUUUAUGUUUUAUUAUUUGUUUACAUUAUCAUUUUAUUAUUAUUUGUAUUGUACAGUAUGGCAGGAAGUGUAUUACCCGCUUGGGUUCCGGAGAUGUUAGAGAAGGGUGAAACUUUGGAGACAUGUUUAGAAAUGUUGAAAAACAUGCAGUCUACUGAGAGAGAAGCUAGGAUGGAAGAGAGAGAGAUGAGAAAGAUAGAGAUGGAAAAAGAGGUACGUUUAAAAGAGUUAGAGCUUAGAGAGAAAGAAAUGGCUCAAGGUGUUGCACCACCACAGACACAUUCAAGUUUGAAGUCGAAACUUCCUAAAUUUAAGGAAGGUGAAGACCCAGAUGUAUUUUUAAGGUCCUUUGAGAAAUUGGUGGUUUUGCAUAAAAUACCCAAGUCUGAGUGGGCCCUUAGAUUAGUCCCUUUACUUUGUGGGAAAGCUUUAGAGGCAUUUUCUAGAUUGUCUGAAGAGGACAGUAAAAAUUAUGAUAAAAUUAAAUCUGCUAUUUUAUGUAGAUACGAGCUUACUGCCGAGGCAUACAGGGAGAAGUUCAGAAGUGAACGCCAGUCUUCGGAUGAGUCAUUUAAGGAAUUUUCAGUCAGACUAGUAGGUUUUCUUAGACAUUGGUUGGAGCGUGAGUUGAUAGGCACUGAUUUUGAUAGAUUUGUUGAUUUAGUUACUAGAGAACAGUUAAUGGUAAGUUGUAAUAAAGAGCUCAAACUUUGGAUCAAGGAACAGAAACCGAAAACAAUUGAUGAGUUGGUAGACAAAGCUGAGGCUUUUCAGCAAGCACAUAAAGAUGAACAGGUAAGUUCUAAAUCAGUUGGGAGAAUUGACACCGACCAAUCUAAACAACAAGGUAGAUAUAACCAAUCAAAAGGAAGACAACCUGACACUAGGACUUGUUUUAUUUGUAAGAACAUUGGUCAUAUAGCUACGCACUGUCCUACAAGGACGAACCGGUCAAAGGAGGAUAAUUUUAAGCCAGGUAAGUUUGGUUUGUGCAUACAGAGUAGACAAGAGUAUAGAGUAGAUGAUUAUAUUAGUGGUGUGACUGUUAAGUUGCCUGGUGUUUCAUGUAAUGGCGACAAGGUACAGGUACAUGGACUUGAUAUAGUAGAAGGUAAGAUCGAUAGUGAUAAAAUCUCAGUUUUGAGAGAUACAGGUUGUUCUACUGUAUUUGUUCAUAGUAGGUUUACUAACCCAGAUUGUCUUACAGGUCAGACUAGAGACAUAUGUUUAGCAGAUGGUUCAGUGAAGCAGUGUCCAGAAGUAUGUAUUAAUAUUUCUACUCCUUAUAUUUCAGGUGAUAUUAUUGCAUUGAUCUUAGAUACACCGUUUGCAGAUCUGAUUGUUGGAAACUAUGUGAACACAUCAGUACCACAUAGUGUCGAUGGUUUAUCAGUGACUAGUGGAGAAGAUAUUUUUGUUUCAGGUGACUCAGUCCCAUGUCAUGCAGUUGAGACUCGAUCUCGAAAGAAGAAGCAGGAUGAAGCAGAUAUUAUGAUUGAUCAGACGAAUGUUCAGCGUAGUAGCGAUAUACCUAUAUCUCAUUCUAUAGAUUUUUCAGACGUAUGCCAUGAUUUUAAGAUUUGUGAUAGGAAGCAGUUGAUUGAGUUACAGAAGACAGAUGAGACUUUGGAUAAGGUAAAAUCUUAUGUAAGUGAUGUGCAUGAUAACCCAGCAUCUUAUUUUAUAUAUAAUUCAGAUUUACUAUAUAGAGUGUAUACUAAGCCAAGUGGUGAAGUUAUUCAGCAAAUUGUAUUACCAAGCAAGUUGAGAGGAACAGUUCUUUCGUUGGGACAUGAUAUUCCGUUGGCAGGUCACCUUGGGAAUAAGAAAACAAGAGACAGAAUCAUGCAGCACUUUUUCUGGCCAGGUAUAUUUAAUGAUAUUGCCGAAUACUGUAGGUCUUGUCCAGAUUGUCAGAUAGGUACAUCGAAGGGUAGAGUACCACGUGCUCCAUUGAUUAGCAUAUCACCUAUGGAUGAGCCAUUUCAGCGCAUUGCUAUUGAUUUUGUUGGCCCUUUGCCUAUGACUGAUGACAAAAACCGUUAUGUACUUGUUUGCGUCGAUUAUUCCACUAAAUAUCCAGAAGCAAUUCCUUUAAAAGACCAAGAAGCUUCUACAGUCGCUAAUGCUCUUAUAAGUUUAUUUUCUAGAGUUGGCAUACCCAGGGAGCUGUUGACAGACCAAGGCAGUAACUUUAUGUCAGAGCUGAUGGUUGAGGUAUGUAGACUAUUAAAGAUAAGUAAGUUACGCACUAGUCCUUAUCAUGCUAUGUGUAAUGGACUCUGUGAAAAGUUUAACGGUGUACUGAAGAAAAUGUUGAAGGCAUAUGCACGACAGACACCAAAAACAUGGGAUGCAUAUAUCCCCUACUUAUUAUUUGCAUAUCGGGAGGUACCAAAUGAGAGUACUGGUUUCUCACCGUUUGAAUUGUUAUAUGGCAGGCACAUUAGAGGACCUCUAGCAGUACUUAAAGAAGAGUGGGAAGAGCCUAGUACAUGUCAAAACUCUGUGUUGAGUUAUUUAUUAGACACUAGAGAAAAGUUGAGAACAAUGGCUGAGUACGCCAUUGAAAAUAAAACAAAAGCGAAACAAAGACAGAAGUUUUAUUAUGAUAGAAAAGCUAGAGACAGAAAGAUUGAAGUUGGUCAAAAGGUGCUUAUAUUAUUGCCUACACAUACAUCAAAGCUGUUAGCGAGUUGGAAAGGACCAUUUAUAGUGACUGAUAAAGUUAGUCCUGUUGACUAUAAGGUCAAGGUUAGAGGAAAAGACAAAGUAUUUCAUGUAAAUAUGUUGAAGUUAUGGCAUGAGCGGGUAGAUAAUGAUCUUGAUAAUAAUGUCACAACAGAUAUUGCUGCGUGCUUAAAUGUAAUUUCAGGUCUUAACACAGAUGAAGGCACAGAUGAUAGUGAGAUGACUACAGAUAUAACUCCAGUGUUGAAAAGCAAAGAAAAUGUAGAUGACGUUACGAUCUCACCAGAAUUGACAACUGUCGAAAAACAGCAGCUUAAAGAAUUAUUAUCAGAAUAUGAAGACAUCUUUAGUGACGUACCUAAGGUAACAAAUAGUAUAGAACAUAGAGUAGUUACAAAAACAGAUGAACCGAUUUACCAACGUCCGUACCCACUACCAUACGCACUUAGAGAUAAGGUCAGAGAAGAGAUUGACAAUAUGUUAGCUGCAGGUAUAGUUGAGCCGUCUGACAGUCCGUAUGCAGCUCCGAUAGUACUGAUCAAGAAAAAAGACAACACACUUAGAUUUUGUGCCGAUUAUCGUUCCUUGAACAAACAGACUAUCUUUGACCCGAUUUUUAUGCCACGCAUGGAUGAGGUACUGAAUAAAGUCAGCAGAGCACGAUAUAUCAGUAAACUUGAUUUAACUAAGGGCUAUUGGCAGGUACCACUUGAAAAAGAUAGCCGACAGAAGAGCGCAUUUAUAACGCCGUUCGGACAUUAUCAGUUUACUGUUACUCCAUUUGGUAUGAUGAACUCAGGUGCUACUUUUGUUCGUAUGAUGGAUAAAGUUCUGGCAGGAUACGAGGAAUUUGCUGACUCGUUCAUUGAUGAUAUUGGUAUAUUUAGCGAUACAUGGGAGUACCAUAUUGAGCAUUUAAGGGCAGUAUUCGAUUCACUGAGACAGGCAAACCUCGUUGCAAAACCGAGUAAGUGUUUAUUUGGCUACGAUGAGCUUGAGUUUUUAGGACAUAUUGCCGGCGGUGGCAAGAUUAAGCCUGUUCAGGACAAGGUAUCUGCUAUACAUGAAUUUCCAGUGCCUGUCACGAAGAAACAGGUGAGAUCAUUUCUCGGUCUGAUAGGUUUCUACAGGAAGUUUAUACCACAGUUCUCCGACAUAUCCGUACCUUUGACUGACCUUACAAAGAAAAACGAACCAAAUAAAGUUGAAUGGUCAGACACAAUACAAAAAUCUUUUGACAAGCUUAAAGAAUGUAUUUGUAGUGACUCUGUAUUACGGAGUCCAGAUUUUUCUAAAAAGUUUAUUUUGCAGACUGAUGCGUCCGGUAAGGGUCUAGGUGCUGUACUAGAGCAAGAAUUUGAUGACGGAAGGCGUCCAAUUAUGUUUAUCAGCAAGAAACUCUCUGGAGCGGAAUGCAACUACGCAGUGGUAGAAAAGGAGUGCUUUGCCAUAGUGUGGGCGGUUAAAACUUUGAGAAACUAUCUAGAGGGUAAAGAGUUUGCUAUUAAUACUGAUCAUGCUCCUUUACAGUGGUUACAGAGGAUGAAAACCAGUAACCAACGGUUACUCCGUUGGAGUUUGAUACUUCAGGAAUUUAAUUAUACAGUUUUUUACAUUGCAGGCAAGACAAACAUUGUUGCAGAUGUUUUGUCUAGAUGUGGCGAUAUUUAG